AUGGAGAACACUGACGAAGAGAGUUUUGAUACCAUUAUAAAGGAGGGCAGAAUUAAUAAGUGCAGCCGCUUUUUCAAAGUAUGGAGACGUAGAUGAAUGGUUUUGACCCCCCAUUUUCUCGUUUUAUUUAAACGGCAACAAGCAUAUCGUGAUAAGCCCACAGAAAAAAUAAAACUAAGAGACUGCUCUACCGUGAAAUCAGCAGAAGAAGAAACCAAAAAAGAUUUCGCAUUUAGAAUCGAUUCUAAAGAUCGAGUAUUCUUUUUCAGUGCCCAGGAUGCAAAUGAUAAAGAAGCUUGGAUUGGAUCAAUUGGAAGAGUUAUGGUAAGGUUUGAAGUGGUGCGUAGCAAAAAUGAAGAAGAUGCUUUGAGGGGCUUUAUGGUAAAAUGUUAA